GUUUUAUCACUUCCGGAUUAAAAAUUAUUAAAAAUUUGUAAAAAUAUUUUUUUUCAGUAUAUUAUUUAGAAAGUUGUGCAUAAGCAAAAAAUAAAAUAAGAAAUCUGAGGUUAUUAUCAUGACACAUGUUUGAUUAAUUGAUAAAUUUGUGAUGAUCAGAAGAAUAAGGAGGUUGUUGGGAAGAAAGCUUGCAGGUUGCAGUAAAAGUUUGGCAUUGCUUUGUUUUAGUUUAGCUGCUGUAUAUUUAUACUUCAACAGAUCAAGAAGUCAGUUUGAAUUACAAGGAGUGAGAGAUGUUUGGGAUGCAAAUGGUGUACAGUCACCAGAAAAAGGUGCAGCGUGUGGUGUGGUAUGUGGAAUCGGACAAAAAUCAUUUUAUGUAAAAACAGGGACUGACAAUACAAUUGGACCAACAAUAUGUUAUGAUGGUAAAGUAAUUAUAAGUCCAGACAACAAUAAUGGAGGAAGAGGCCUUAAUAUAUUGGUUAUUGAUAUCCAGAAGAUGGAGGUUGGAGAUGUUAAGACCUUUGACACAUAUACUGACGAUGCAGCAUUUUUACAAUAUAUGAGGAAAGCACCAAAACAUGCAGUUAUCAUCUUAGUUACACAUGAUGAAAUCACAGAACGACUGAGCAAUGAAGGGAGACAAUGGUUUAGGUUAAUGGGAAGUUACUUGAUAGACAAUGUCGGCUUUAGAGAUGCCUUUGUAAUGGUGGGACAGAUUGGACUGGAACAGAAACAAGCUAUUGAAUUUCAUAAAAAGAGAGAACAUGGUGGCUACAGCUUACCCAUUGAAAAGAAAGGUUGCUUCUCUCUACCUCUUGGUCCAUUGAGGGAUAUUUCUCAGUUCAUUCCGAAAGUAACAGAGAUGGUUAUAGAAAAGUUAGACAAGUGUGGAUUGACUACAGAAUGUGGAGAAGAUAAAUUUACUGCUAUGGUGGAUACUGGUGAUGGUGAUCAGAGAAAACCAACAAUCUGUAUUAAUGGUGAAAUUGUUCUGGGUGAAAGGGUGAACCAUGCAGGGAGAGGAUUUAAUGUAGCCGUAUUGAGUUCUAUAGAGAAGAAAGUCUCCACUGUAACAGUGUUUGAUACGUAUGAAAAAGACAGUUCAAGCAUGGAAGUUUUCUUGGAGAGUUUGGUGGAGGGAGACAUUAUUAUAGCUGUUGUAAAUGAUGAUGGACAGAGAAAGUUGAAUACUCAUGGCAGGGAUGUAUAUAACCAGCUUGGUAGUAGUAUGAUACAAAACCUUAGAUUCCGUGAUGUUUGGUACUUUGUUGGUAAGAAAGGAAUCAAAGGAUUUACUAGCACUGAACAGAUAAGUUUUGCUGGAUAUGAUGGUAGCUGGCCAGCAUCUAUGAAGGAGUCUUUUUGUUUACCUUAUAACUUUAAAGGUACAGAUGUCCCCCCAACACCUAAAUCUAAGAGAAAUGAAGCAAGGAGAGAAUUUUGUAAAAAGUAUGAUGGCUAUGAACAUUUAUGUGAUCCUGCAGCAGUAGAUGAAACCUUACAAGGCGUAGAGUUAGUAGACAGAAGCCAUACUAAUGAUGCAAUAUAUAAAGUACCUAUAGUCAUUAUACCAGGUGUUAACCACAAUGCAAUAGUAAGAACCAUGGAAACCACACUGAUGCAACCUGGGAUAAAACCUAAUAUGGUUCUGGUUGCCUACGAUGAAAAUUUUCCAGAAUAUGGUGAACUAUCAACAUUAUUUGGUUUCCACAAUAUCAGUGUGAAAGCUAGCACUACUUAUGAAGAUGUAUUAAACAAAGCUAUAGAAGCAGGCUGGAAUUACUUUGAUGUAAAGGACCACAUUAUUAUAAUUGAAGAAGAACUUAUCUUGGCUCCAGAUUUCUUGUCCUUCAUGCAGCAGUGCCUUAGUGUAUUAGACAGUGAUCCUACCAUAUUGGCAGUCUCUGGGUGGAAUUACAAUGGUUAUGAUGUAACAUCUGGGGAUAGAGAAGUGGUCUACAGAGUCGAGGAAUUUCCAGGAUUAGCUUUCAUGUUACGUCGAAAUGUUGUAGAGAAAUAUAUGUUAGGAAAACUCUCCAAAUGUUGUCAUAAAAGAGUUUGGGAUCAUUGGGUUCUAACUGAUGAAGCAGGGAAUGAGAUAACGGGAGAUGUUAUAGUUCCAGAUGUAUCAAGAGUGUUUCAUCAACCAUAUCAAAGUGCCAAAGAUGAAGACAAACACCUUGUGGAACUGUUCCAGAAACCCAGGCUCACUAAUGUUGAAGGAGAUAUGACAUUAAAAAACAUGGAUGCUUUGAGCUCAGAAAAAUAUGAUGCCUUAAUACAAAGUUUUAUUGAGAACAGUGAAGAAUUUACACUUGAACAUUUACAGAACUGUAUACAAGACCCAGUGCUUAAAGUACCCAUAGUGGCUGAGUCAAAACCCAACUUUGUAAUAUUUUACCAUCAGAAAGAUAAGAAUGAUUAUGGUGUGUUACAGAAGAUAAGUCGGUGCUUUGGAUUAUUCUGGGUACCAGAUCUUCCUCCAAGGAACCAGUUUAGAGGAGUCAUAAGGUUCUAUUAUGAUGACAGAAACGUUCUUUUAGUUGGAUCUUCAUCCAAAUUUUACAAAUAUAAACAAGAAACUAGAUAUUUACUGACCAUUGAUAAUGUUGGUAAAAGCUGAGACAGGCCAAAUAGAAAUACUUGUAUUUGUUACAACGAACAAGUAAUGUCAUGAAUAGUGUCAUACAAUUUAUGCCAAUUUGCUUUAUGCAAAAAAAAGAAAAGGAUUUUAGCCUAAUUUAUCGGAUGCCAAUAUAUUAUGUCAACUGCUAUUUUGAAGCAUGGUGAAGCGUAUUUUUUUGUUUCCAGUUGGUGUAUUCAAUUUAAAAUUAAAAUUGUAUCUCAGCUAGACAGCUGUAAGUUUGAAUGCCGUACCUGACUUGUCAUCCUUAGGUGAUGAAGUUUACCUUUAUAAUAGUGAUUCUUGUUAGUUAGGUUAAUUGCCAACUGAGAAACAAAUUUAAAAUCAACAAAAAUCUGUUUUAUAAACAGCUUCUAAUCAAAUUUUAAUUGAGAGAACUGUUAAGUUGCAAACAUAGGAAUAAAGAUGGUUGAUUUUUUUAAAAUUAUCUUUAUUAGAAUUACCUGAACAAAAUAUCCACUGUAUUUAAGUGAAACAAAAUUAGUGGUGUUGAAUAACUAUAUAUACUGUACCGGUACAUACUCAGAUUAAAGUCUGUUGGGAUACUGUUAUACUCCCUUUCAUACAAGGUAAUUGCCAACAGGGCAUUCAUGGUUUUUUUUUUUUUUUUUAUAUUGUUUGUUUUUCCUCAGUAUUAUUAUAUUGGAUAUUGAUUUAUUUGUUUUAUUAUUUGUGCAAUACUGCUGGUAACAUUGUAAAUUACAUAGUAAUGAUUAUAUAGUAGUUGAUACAUAUGUGUUACUGAGAUUUGAAAUCCAUAUAUUAUUCAUAUACAAAUAAAACUCAUAUAGGGUUCAUAACAUUCCAAAAAUAUUUGAUGUUUUGUAGUAGUAGUUAAAUUUUCAUGAUGGAAUAUUUUGGAUGAAUCUUUCUUGAAGCUGUCAGAACAACAUCAACUUAGUUUUUAAGCAAAGUUUGUCAUCUUAAUAAAAAAAAGUUACUGGAAUUACAUUUACCUCUACCGUCUGCCACAGUCAAUAUGAAUAAAUCCAGCGUAUGCACAGUUAUUAAUUGUAAAAUAAUUAUCAUGAUAAACUAUAAAGAGUGUUAUAGUAUGUACUGACACAUUGGGUGUUGUACUGACACAUUGUGUUUUGUACUGACAUAUUGUGUUGUACUGUCACA